UGGUGAGAGACAAACAAAAAACAGACAGGCACAGGGACGACAGGAGAGGGAGGAGAGGGCGAGGUGAAACCGUGACUUUUAAAAAAAGCAAUUACAGGCAAAGUGAGUAAACGUGAUAGAGGAGACUGUAAAAAAGUCACCAUCACCAGUUUCAACUUCAUAUUUCUGGCUUGCCUUUGCAUCAGAGGUUGAGGUUACAGGGUUACAAGACAGCGACAGAGGGACAGAAAGAUGGCCGAGGCCCCAAAGAUUGAACUCUUUGUGAAGGCCAGUUUGGACACCGAGAGUGUGGGAAACUGCCCUUUCUGUCAGAGACUCUUCAUGAUCCUUUGGUUGAAAGGGGUCAACUUCACCCUCACUACUGUGGACAUGAAAAGGGCACCUGACGUGCUGAGAGCUUUAGCUCCCGGCUCUCAGCCUCCCUUCCUUCUCUACAAUGAUGAGGUCAAAACUGAUACCAACAAGAUUGAGGAGUUCCUGGAGGAGGCCUUAGCCCCACCACAGUAUCCAAAACUGUCCUGUCGAUACAAAGAGUCCAAUGGUGCUGGAGAAGACAUCUUCCGGACAUUCUCAGCAUAUAUAAAGAAUCCCAAUCCUCAUCUCAAUGACAUGCUUGAGAAGAAAUUUCUUUCCAGUCUGGUGCGGCUGAGCAAGUACCUAGAGACCCCUCUUCCUCAUGAGCUAGAUCAGAACCCAAAUGCCCAUGAGUCCACACGCUCCUUCCUGGAUGGCAACACCCUCACCUUGGCAGAUUGUAACUUACUUCCCAAACUCAACAUUGUUAAGGUGGUGUGUAAGGAGUACCGAAGCUUCAACAUCCCUAAAGACCUUCGUGGUCUGACACGUUAUCUGGAAAAUGCCUACAAAAAAGACGAAUUUAAACUCAGCUGCCCAAUGGACAAAGAGAUCCUCUAUGCUUAUGGUUCUGUGGCCAAAUACCUGGCACAUUAGACCAAGGGGGCAUGACCGAGCAGCAUUAUUAAGAGCAAAGAAGAGCAGGACUACAAAUGAUAGAUAAACAGAGAAAAGGUGACAGAAAUUCCUUAAAUAAUGCAUGUGAUUUAGGUUUUGUGUCAAAUUUAAUAUGGAUACUAAAGAAAAAUUGUUUCUAGAUGGACAGUUCAGUGAUUGGUUUUGCAGUAAAAGAGCUGUUGUUAAUAAAGAGUUGAUGAUGUUUACUGGAUGAACUACUGCAUGCUCUAAUUGUACUGGAUUUCUUUUUUAAGCCCGCUGUAAGAGAGAGAAAAGCACUGUAUAUCCCACAAAUUUCUUUUUUUGGUGUCCAGUUGUGCAUGUGUGUAUUACAUCUAAGCUAUCAUUCAUCAUUGAUCAUUGAUUGCAGUUAAUCAGUUAGUGUUUAGGGAAAAAACCCCACAACAUUAAUAUGAGAACAGAACUGUUUCAGAUUCUUAAUUGAUUGAAGAAAUUGAACAAUCUAAUUUAAUAACGAAUAAUGUUUAAAAAAGUUAGGGAAAGAAAUUACAUGCAGGUGAGACUUAUUAUAAAGCUAUUUUUUUUUGCACAUGGGGAAUUGUAUAAGCAAAUAUAUGAAUCGUUUUUUUCUGUCAGGAAAGUUGCAACACUUAAUACAUUGUUUUAGUGAAUGCAAAGGUGUGUAUACACUGUGUGUCUUUACCUGUGAUUAUAUGUCUGUUCUUUUACCUACUCGCAAAAAUGUGUUACAUUAUAUGUUCCAGUGUGUACCAAGAAAGUGAAAUAUAAUAAUGGCAAUUUAAUAAAAGCAUAAAAUAAAAACA